AUGGCGACAACUCGAGCAGCAUACCAUGCCGAGCAGGCAAUCGGUCACGAUGGCAGUUCCAUCACCAAGCAAGAUGUCGCGGACAACCAAAAGACCGGCGAUCCCAACGAGACCAUGAAAGCGUUAGUCUGGCAAGGCAAGAACAAGGUGGAAGUCGUUGAUGUUCCGAAGCCGAGGAUCCUCGAGGAUCGCGAUGUCAUCCUCAAAGUCACGGGCAGCACUGUCUGUGGUAGCGACUUGCAUCUGCUCCAUGGAAGCGUUGUUCAGAUGAACAAGGGCGACAUUCUCGGACACGAAUUCUGCGGCGUGGUGGACUCGGUGGGCUCAGCUGUCAAGGGAGUCAAGGUCGGAGGUCGUUAUGUCGCCUCCUUCCAGAUUGCCUGUGGUGAUUGCUUCUUUUGCAAGCAGAAGCUGUCAUCUCAAUGCGAGAAGACCAACUCUAACACGACUGAACGCGCCAUGUACGGAUCACAAACUGCAGGCAUGUUUGGCUACUCGCAUUUCACCGGUGGCUUUGCUGGUGGCCAGGCCGAGUAUGUUAGGGUCCCGAUUGGCGACGUCAACCUUCUCGAAAUUCCCGACGACAUCCCUGAUGAGAAGGCCCUCUACCUUUCCGACGUCCUUGCCACCUCAUAUAACUGCGUCAAAGAUACUGCCGUCUAUCCUAAGGACCAAGUCGCCAUUUUCGGUGCCGGACCGAUUGGUCAGAUGGCUGGCAUCUUUGCCAUCAACGAAGGAGCUUCCAAGAUCAUCUUUGUCGACACGGAGCCCCGCCUAUCAUUCAUCGACAAGAACUGGCCCCCCGCGCACGCCGACAAACUGGAGCUUGUCGACUUCAAGAAGCUGUCAUUUGGCGUCACGGGCAAGGACACCGUCGUUUCUAAACUCAAGGAUCUAUGCGGCGGUCGUGGACCGGACUGCGCUCUUGAGUGCGCAGCUGGCGAGUAUGCCAAGGGCUGGAUGCACUGGCUCGAGAUGCAGCUAGGAGUCGAGACGGACACGAGCGAGAUCUUGAACGAGAUGAUUCAAGGCGUUCGUAACUACGGGCGAUGCGGCGUUACUGGUGUUUACGUCGGAUAUGUAAGUUUCAACCUCCCCGAAUCCGGUGUGAUUGACAGUGCUUUCCCCAUUGACACGCUUCCACAGACGAACCACUUUGCCAUCGGCUCAUUGAUGGAGCGUGGCGUGCGCCUCAUUGGCAAUGGCCAGGCUCCUGUGCAGAAGUACUGGAAGGACUUGCUCAAGAUGAUCCAGUCCGGCGAGCUGGACCCCAUGCAGAUGGUCUCCCACCGCGUCCGACUGGAGGACCUGGACAAGGUCUACUACAAGUUCGAGGCCAAGGACGAAUCUAUGCAGAAGGUUUUCGUUGAGACGAAGUUCUCUUUCCCUGCUGCUUCGAGCAGCCCCAAGCUCACGCGCUACUAG